AGGUAUUUAUGGCGACGAAGGUUGGGUUGAGGAACCUGAGCUUGUUAAGGCGGCAGCAGUGCAGUACUUCACCAAGGUAUUUCAGAGGGAACAAUGGUGUCGACCGACGAUGGAUGGGAUUCAAUUCCGAAGAAUUUCAGAUGCACAGCGAGAAUGGCUAGAACGACCUUUUACCAUAGAAGAAAUUGAAGAGGGGCUAAAGGACUGUGAUGGAUCCAAGGCUCCAGGUCCAGAUGGUUUUAACUUUAAUUUUAUAAAGUUUGCUUGGAGUACUGUGAAGGAUGAUUUUGUGAGUUUUUUGAUGGACUUUCAUCGCAAUGGGAGGUUAGUUAACGGUUUAAAUUCUUCAUUUCUGGCAUUAAUACCUAAAAAAUUGAAUCCUGAGCAGUUUAAGGAGUAUAGGCCUAUUAGCUUGAUAGGUUGCCUAUAUAAAUUAUUGGCCAAGGUGCUGGCCAAUCGGUUGAAAAUGGUUAUGGAGGGUAUUAUCAGUGAGUCGCAGACAGCUUUUAUUGGAGGUCGGCAAUUGGUAGAUAGUGUGUUAGUUUUGAAUGAAGCUGUACAUGAGGUGAAAUGGAGGAAGCAAGAGAGUUUCAUUUUAAAAGCGGAUUUUGAGAAAGCCUACGAUUGUGUGGAUUGGGGCUUUCUUGAUUGGAUGAUGAAUAGAAUGGGGUUCGGGGUGAAGUGGAGGAAGUGGAUGAGGGAGUGUCUUUCAACUGCUAGAAUCUCCAUUUUGAUCAAUGGAAGCCCGACGACGGAGUUUCCAAUAAGCAAUGGUCUUCGCCAAGGUGAUCCUUUGUCACCUUUUUUGUUUCUGUUAGUUGCUGAAGGGUUGGGUGGGCUUGUUAAAAAAGCAGAAGGUGAAGGACUCCUGAAGGGUGUGGAGAUUGGAAGGGGAGGUAUGGUGUUAUCACUGUUACAGUUUGCGGAUGAUACGGUGUUUAUGGGGAAGGCAGAUGUGGAUAAUUUACGGGUUGUGAAGGCCAUUCUGAAUUGGUUUCAAUUGAUCUCAGGGUUGAAGAUUAACUUUGGGAAGAGCUAUUUGUAUGGGUUCAAUGUGUCCGAAGGGUGGGUAAAGGGUGCAGCUGAUAUUAUGCGUUGUGGGGUGGGCAAAGCGCCGUUUACUUAUCUUGGAUUGCCAGUAGGAGGGAAUUCAGGGAGAAGACAGUUUUGGAACCCCGUGCUGAAUCGCUUCCGCCAAAAGCUUGCCUCUUGGAAAAGCUCCUUGCUGUCCUUCGGAGGUCGGAUAACUUUAAUCAAUUCGGGGAGAGGAGGCUUAGGAGUGGCUGAUUUGGAGAGGAGAAAUUGCAGUUUGUUGGGAAAAUGGUGGUAUAGGCUAGGUGAUGGCGUUGAGGGUUUAUGGAAGCGGAUUCUUUGGGAGAAAUAUUAUGGGGGUAGAAAGGAGGUUGAUAUUACGUCAGUUGUGAAUUGGAAUAUGUCCGGUGUGUGGAAGGAUAUUAUGGGCCUAGGCAGAGGGUCGGAAAGGUUGGAUGCAAUGUUAGGAAAAGGUUUUCAGUGGAAGGUUGGGGAUGGGAGUUGUGUAGAUUUUUGGCAUGAUAAAUGGGUGGGGGAUAAACCAUUGAGGAAUUUAUUCCCUCGGUUAUAUGCUUUGGCUAAUAGUAGGGAGGGACAGUUAAAGGAUAUGGGGUAUUGGAGUGCUGAAGAUUGGGUCUGGGAUUGUAGGUGGAGGCGAGGUUGUGUAGGGAGGGGAGUGGGGGAGGAAGAACAAUUUAGGGAGUUGAUUAAUAGGGUCAGGUUGCAUAAGGGAGAAGCUGAUACUUGGAGAUGGAUCCAUAGUGGUGAUGGUGUUUAUUCGGCUAAGAGGGCUUACGAUUUUUUAUCAUCGAAAUGUUGUAUUUUGGAUGAGAAAUGGUCUAGGGUCAUUUGGGCUAGUUAUGUACCUUCCAAAUUGAGCGUAUUUGGGUGGAGAUUUUUUUUGAACAGGUUAACUACAAAGGAUAACUUGUGUCAGAGAGGGGUGGCUCUUCCAGGGGGAAUGUUUGUUCUGGGUUGGUGGGGUGUACAGAGUGCUUUGCCAAAUGAUGUCUUUGGAAUGGCAGAUGCAGUGGUGGCUGGAAUCAAUGGGGGGAGUGAAAGGUUCGAAGAGCGAAUAUUGGAUUCUAUUCAAUCUAAAUCUUUUUUCUGGCUGAAAAAUAAGGAACAAGGCUGCAGUUUUUCCUAUACAGAUUGGAUUUUACGACCGUUGGAGUGCAAGAAGGCCAUUGUUCAACACGGCAGGAACCUAAGGAAUUAUAAGAGGCUGUAUGCGUCUGCGGAUAGAGUUCAAGUUCAAGGUGCUACGUCUAUGCUAUUGUAAGACUCGCUGGAGAUGGUUAUGUGAAGUUUGAAGGGAUUUCUAUGGGCAUUGCGGCAAAGGCUUUCUACUGUCCCAAGUUGUCAUUUUUUUAAUGGGUGUUUCUCAGGUCUUGUGAUAUUUGGUGUGUUGGUUACUUGUUUGAAGGGAGGGUGUUGGUUUACUUUCUCUUUUAUUUUUGUAUGUGGGUUGGAGUACCCCUUGUACUCCAUUCAAUAAAUUUCAUUUUGCUGA